GCGAGAGGAUGCAGAAAGAAUCUUCAGAGAGUUACAGAUUCAUCUUCUUAUCUUCUGUCGCGGUUGUAAGUAAGUUGUAAUCAUGUCUAAGAUCGAUAUUCUUUUAGAACUUGUGCAAGGGAAUAGAUUUGACGAAUUGGAAACGUUUUUAGAACAAAACAAAGAUGAAAUUCAUCUUGAAAAAGAGCCACAGGGAAAUCCUCCAAUGAUUUUUAGAUGUGUCAAAGAAACUGAAGUUCAAAACAAAUCAGAAAUUUCAGAAAGUAUAUCAGUUAGUGAGAGUCGUAAAAACAGUCAAACAAAUGAAAGUCAGACACAUAUUGCAGAUGUUCAUGUACAUAACAAUGAUACGGUUGACAUAGCAACUGAUUCAAAAACCAUGACGAUGACCCAUGGUUUGGAUAACAAAGGUGUAAACAAUUUCAAUGGAGGAUUGAUUGAUCAGAGUAAAUUUCUUCAAACAGUGAAAACUUUAGUGAAAUAUGGUAUGUCACUAGAUCGCCAAGAUGAAAAUGGGAAAACAGCGCUUCAUUGGGCAGUUUACCAUAGAGAUGUUCAACUUAUUAAAGAAUUUAUCAAGCUUGGUGCUAGUCCUUUAAUAGAUGAUGGAAAAGGUCAGAAUGUGUUGCACUUUGCCCUUAGAGUUGGAGCCGAUGAUGUGCUCGAGACCAUUAUCGAGCAUUCCCCAAAUGAGGUAUGUAAAAAUGAUAGCAUCA